GACAGCUGUCCACGCUGCCAGCCACGGAGGCACCGUAGCACUAGAUCAGCUUCCGGGAAUCAUCUCGACGGCUGCGACUUGUUCUCAGACGCCCACGGGCACGAGGUUUGGCUCCCAGGCAUCCUGCCGGGCAGACCUGCGGUGGCGCGGGACUCCACCGCAGCUCUGCUCGGCCAUUUGGCUAGCGUCGCCAGCAACUACUGUUAAAUCUGGUUAAGAUGGGUAUAAAGAAGAAGAAAGAAACACAAGUUACUGCAUUAACCAUUUGUCAUCAGGACCUUGAAACUUUGAGAUCUCUGGCUGAUGUGGAAGGGAAAAAUCUAGCUUCCUUGCUGUUACAUUGUGUACAACUCACCGAUGGAGUGUCACAAAUCCAUUAUGUUAAACAGAUUAUUCCUUUACUGGAGAAGGCAAGUAAAAAUGGUGUGUGUGAUCCCACUAUUCAAGGUUGUUUGGAUAUUUUGGCAGGCAUUUAUCUUUCUUUGAGUCUAAAGAAUCCCUUGAAGAAAGUCUUGGCAAGCUCAUUAAAUGGCCUACCUGAUUGUUUUCUAACUGAAGCUAUACAAAGUUUUACUUCCCAUCUUCAAGAAGAACUGAAUACUAGUGAUCUGUACUCUUAUAGGAAAGUGAUUGACAAUAUAUCGUCUUGUUUGGAGAAUUUUAACUUGGGUAAAGCCAGUGUUAAUAAUCUUCUUACAAAUGUGCUGAAUUUUCUGCAGAGGAGUUUAAUCGAAACCUCAGAAGAAAACAGAAAGUUUGCUGGAAAUCAUAUUAUUCAAACGCAGUUGAUGAAUAACUUGUUGGUAGGCAUUAGAGUGUCAGUGAUGCUAAUACAGAAAGUACAAGGUUUCCAGAGAAUUCAUUUGAAGACUUCCAGUUCUGCCAUGUGGCAUAGUAUGUGUGGAUUGCUGGGUAUUUUCACCAAGUUUUUAAGUGAUGAUGAUCUGUUACAGACAAUUCAGAGUACAUGUGGAUUAGCUGUUAUUCUUUUCAUUAAGACUAUGCUUGAUCCACCUGAAAAGAUUCCUGACUUGAUUAGUAGUUUGCUUCUCCGUUCAGUGGACAGCACCAGCAUCCCCGAGUGGUUUUUGAACUGCUGCAGGAGCCUUUGUUGUGCCAGUAUCUCCCAGUCUGCUCUCCUGUUCCUGUGCCAGGGGACACUCAGCAUGUUGGAUUGGCAGGAUGGGAGGAUGGGCCCGAGUGGGGAGACCCUGCUCUUAGAUACUGUGCACGUCCUGUUCACCCUGAGUACACAGAUCAAGGAAUCUACUCUGGAGAUGUUUCUGUCUAGAAUUUUGGCUUCUUGGACUAAUUCAGCCAUACAAGUCCUUGAAUCAGGUUCCCCAAGCCUAAAGGACAAUCUGAAGGGGAAUUCCACCAUAGUUGGGAGACUUUUGGAAUAUGUCUAUACCCACUGGGAACAUCCACUGGAUGCUCUCAGACAUCAAACCAAAAUCAUAUUCAGGAAUCUUCUCCAACUGCACCAGCUCACUGUAGAAGAGUCAGAUUCUGAUUUGGCAUCUGAUCCUUUCAUUAUUGAACUGACUGAGAGUCUCCUGCAACUGGAAUGGCAUAUCAGAGGAAAGUACACGUGCCUUGGCUGCUUGGUGGAUCACAUAGGCAUUGAACCUAUUUUGGCAAUAGCUGAAACUAUUCCAUCACAAAUCUUAGAGGUGAUGGGGGAUCAGUCAUUGGUACCUUAUGCAAGUGACCUCUUGGAAACCAUGUUUAAAAAUCAUAAAAGUCACUUGAAGUCCCAAGCUGUUGACAACACUUGGAUUGAUCAGUGGCAUGAGACUUGGGUUUCUCCUCUCCUUUUUAUACUGUGUGAAGGAAAUCUGGAUCAAAAAUCUUAUGUGAUUGAUUAUUACUUGCCAAAAUUAUUGAAUUGCAGCCCUGAAAGCUUAAGCUACAUGGUGAAGAUUCUCCAGACUUCUGCUGAUGCUAAAAUUGGGUCUUGUAAUAGCAGAGGGGCACUGGGAGCUCUGAUGGCAUGUCUGCGAACAGCCCGAGCCCACGGACAUCUUCAGUCUACAACUGAUACCUGGCGGGACCUUGUGUCCAGUGCAAGAAUAAAGCAAGGCUUAAUUCAUCAGCACUGCCAAGUACGGAUAGACACAUUAGGCUUGCUUUGUGAAAGUAAUCGAAGCACAGAAAUCAUUUCCCCAGAAGAAAUGCAGUGGAUUCAAUUCUUUAUCACAUAUAAUCUUAACAGUCAGUCUCCAGGAGUGCGGCAACAAAUAUGUUCUCUUCUAAAAAAGUUGUUUUAUAGGGUACGGGAAAGUUCUCAGGUACUUUAUAAACUGGAGCAAAGUAAAUCCAAACUUGAACCAGAGAUUGAGCUAACCCAACAGCAUCCUUCUGCUUCUUUACAGCAAUAUCAGACUUUCAUGUCAUCAGUAUGCAACAUUCUUUUUGAAGCAUUGUUUCCUGGCUCUUCCUACUCAACUAGAUUUUCAGCUUUAACCAUCUUAGGUUCAAUAGCUGAUGUUUUUCCUGUACCAGAAGAUGGAGUCCAAACAGUGUACCAUCUGAGUCAUGAUAUUGAUGUUGGUCGUUUCCAAACACUGAUGGAAUGUUUUACCAGCACUUUUGAAGAAGUAAAAAUUUUAGCAUUUGAUCUUCUCAUGAAGUUACCAAAAACUGUUGUGCACUUUCAGGAUUCGGGGAAACUGCAAGACUUAUUCCAGGCAGCUUUGGAGCUCAGCACAAGCACAAAACCGUAUGACUGUGUAACAGCCUCCCACUUGCUAAACUUCUUAAUCUGGCAGGAUGCGCUGCCAUCAUCGCUGUCUGCCUACUUAAAAACUAAGCAGGUUGCUUGUGGAGAUAGAGAUAAACCUGCUUUUGUGGCAGAAAGAAACACAUUAAUGGUUAUCAAAUGCCUGCUGGAAAAUCUGGAGGAAGAAAUAUGUCAGGCUGAAAAUUCUCUGCUUCAAGCAGCCGCGUCAUUUCCCAUGUAUGGGCGUGUCCACUGUAUAAUAGGAGCUUUGCAGAAGUUAUCGCUGAACAACCUGCAGUUCGUGAGCGAGUGGAGACCCGUGGUGGAGCAGCUCCUCUGCGUAUCCUACAGGCUCUCUGCCGUGGUGGCGCCGGUCAUCCAGAGCUCCUCCCCUGAAGGCCUCAUCCCGAUGGACACUGACUCAGACUCAGCAAGCCGCUUGCAGAUGAUUCUGAAUGAGAUUCAGCCACGAGACACUAAUGAUUACUUCAAUCAAGCCAAAAUAUUGAAAGAUUGUGAUACCUUUGAUUUAGAGGACUUGAAUGCUGGUCUACCAAAUACUGGUACUUCUUCAGAAUUCAAAGGUAAAGAAGGAAAAACAUGUGAUGUAACAGCUCAGAUGGUGCUGGUAUGUUGUUGGAGAAGUAUGAAGGAAGUCUCUCUCCUGGUAGGCACACUGUGCCAGCUUCUGCCCAUGCAGUCUGCGCCAGGAGCUCCUGAUGGAUUAUUGACCGUGGAGCAGGUAAAAGAAAUAGGCGAUUACUUUAAACAACACCUCUUACAGUCUAGGCACAGAGGAGCCUUUGAACUGGCUUACACUGGCUUUGUGAAACUCACGGAAAUACUGAACAGAUGCCCUAAUGUGAAUCUGCAGAAACUCCCAGAACAGUGGUUAUGGAGCGUUUUGGAGGAAAUUAAAUGCAGCGAUCCUUCAUCGAAACUCUGCGCUACCAGGCGCAGUGCAGGAAUUCCUUUCUACAUCCAGGCACUGUUGGCGUCUGAGCCGAAAAAAGGCAAAAUGAAUCUGUUGAAAAUAACAAUGAAAGAGUUAAUCUCUUUGGCUGGACCUUCAGAUAUUGUGCAGAGCACAGUCCCUCAGGUUCAUGCUUUAAAUAUCCUCCGAGCCUUGUUCAGAGAUACACGUCUGGGAGAAAAUAUUAUUCCUUAUGUUGCUGAUGGAGCUAAGUCUGCAAUUCUGGGGUUUACAUCACCAGUCUGGGCAGUGAGAAAUUCAUCUACACUUCUCUUUAGUACCUUAAUCACAAGAAUAUUUGGAGUUCAAAGGGGAAAGGAUGAACUGUCCAAAAAAAAUAGAAUGACAGGGAGCGAAUUUUUCUCUCGUUUUCCAGAACUCUAUCCCUUUCUUCUCAAACAGUUGGAAGCUGUAGCCAAUACUGUGGACAGUGAUACCGGGGAGCUCAACCACCAUCCAAGCAUGUUUCUCUUACUUUUGGUGCUGGAGAGACUCUAUCCCUCCCCAAUGGAUGGCACUUAUUCUGCUCUCAGCUUGGCACCGUUUAUUCCCUUCAUUAUGAGAUGUGGCUGCUCACCUGUCUACCGCUCCCGUGAAAUGGCAGCUCGUGCCUUGGUCCCACUUGUUAUGAUAGACGAAAUUCCUAAAACCAUCCAAACUCUGUUGGCCAAACUCCCCAACUGCACUGACCAGUGUUUCCGACAAAAUCAUAUCCACGGGACACUCCUCCAGGUUUUUCAUUUGUUACAAGCCUCCUCAGACUCCAAGUACAGAAUGAAUACAUACUUUCAGCAGGAGCUGGCUGACGUUGCUCUUUGUACCAAAGCCAAACUCUGGCUGGCCAAGAGGCAAAAUCCAUGUUUGGUAACCAGAGCUGUAUAUAUUGACAUUCUUCUCCUGUUGACUGGCUGCCUUGACAAACCUGCAAAAGGCAACCAACCAGUUCUGGAGUGUCAUGGCUUCUGGGAGGAAGCCAAAAGGAUCGUCUCAGAAUCAGAGCUGAUCACGGGAUUCCCCUAUACGUUCAUGGUGCCAGGCUUGCCCCAGUACCUCCAGAGCCUCACCAAACUAGCCAUUGCUUCUGUGUGGGCAGUGGCAGCUCAAGCUGGAGACCAGACUGUGGACGCUCCCAUCUCCUUCCUUCAGCUGUUGGAGUCUUCCUUCCCAGAAGUGCGUCUUCUGACUUUGGAGGCCCUGUGGGAAAAGUUCUCAGUGGCCGCCUCUGGCCUAGGAGAGAAGGGGCUGCCGCCCUUGCUGUGGAACAUGGAAAAGACGUUCUUGGUGUUGGCCAUGAAGGAAAAUCACUCUGAAUGCUUCUGCAAGAUACUGAGAAUUCUACACUGCAUGGAUCCCAGUGAGUGGCUUCCCCAGACGGAGAGCUGUGUCCAUCUCACCCCAAAGGAGUUCUUGAUCUGGACCAUGGAUAUUGCAUCCAAUGAACGGUCUGAAAUUCAAAGUGUAGCGCUGAGACUGGCCUCCAAAGUGAUUGCGCACCACAUACAGACGUGUGAGGAGGCUGGGGACACAGUUGCCCCUGAGCUGAAGCAGUGGGUUCAGCUGGUCGUCUCGUCCUGUGGAGAUCAUCUUCCCACUGAGUCCAGGCUCGCUGCUGCUGAAGUCCUCACCAGUACUACACCACUUUUCCUCACCAACCCUCAUCCCAUUCUUGGACUGCAGGAUACACUCGCUCUUUGGAAAUGUGUCCUCACUCUCCUGCAGAGUGAGGAGCAGACUGUCAGAGACGCAGCCACCGAGACCGUGACAACCGCCGCGUCACAGGAGAACACCUGCCGGUCCACAGAAUUUGCCUUCUGCCAGGUGGAUGCCUCCAUCGCACUGGCUCUGGCCCUCACUGUGUUGUGUGACCUGCUCCAGCAAUGGGACCAACUGGCCUCUGGCCUCCCAGUCCUGCUGGGGUGGCUUUUGGAAGAUGAUGAUGACCUCGCUCUCCGUGUGGAAAACGCGCAUCAGGUGGAGGAAGACUAUCUGUUUGAAAAAGAAGAAGUCAACUUCUGGGCUGAGACCCUGAUCUUCGUGAAGUACCUGAGCAGACACCUCUUCCAUCUCCUCUCCACAUCGGGCUGGCGUCCCCUAGGCCCUGAGAAGCUCUGUCACCUUCAAAGAGGAGCGUCACAGCAGCGCCACCUCCUUGCCCAGCUCUUGAGACAAUUGCCCCCAGCUGCGGUGUUUUUGAAGACAGUGGAGUUCACGAAGCUGCGCAUCAAGGAGGAAAGGACUUUGGCUUGCCUGAGGCUUCUAGACUUUCUGGAAGGAAAAGAAAGCAAGGACACCCCAGUUGUCAGAGCUGCUGACUCUCCUGCAGAAGCGAACCAGUUAAUUCUUCCAAGAACACAGGCGGCUUGUUAAAGAAAGCAGGCUUUUGGGGGGUUGGGGGUUGGAUUAUUCCCCCACCAAAUCUGCCGAAAACAUGUUUAAGAUAAAUUCAAAUAUUUUCUCCCUUUCAUGUCUCCCCCACUUCUUUGAGUCUACUCUUCUGUCCCUUCCUACAGAGGAAUUUUUCUUCAGUUCACUCAUUAAAGGCAGGCAGGUUUAUUGCAGCUACUGUAGGAAGUGAGACUACCACAUUGAAGUUUAUUCUGAUGCCAGGUGCAGGCCACCUGUCGGCCUGAAUUGGCCUUUUGCUCCCCCCGGGACCUCUAGUCCAUAGCCCCUUGCAUUUGUUGUGAAUUGACUAUAGAGAAUUGGGUUUUAACACAAUUUCUCCUACCACCACCCCCUUUUUCUUUUUUCCUUUUCUUUUUUUCUUGCUGGAUAUAGGGGUUGGGUUAAUUGGCAAACUGCCCAUUUGGAUGGAAUUCUAAAUGUAUUCCAAUUUAGCAAUGGCAGGAAUAUGAUCCAAGUGGUGAGUCCUGGGAGGAUUAAGGAUCAACCUUGUACAAAUAAUUUUGUUUUUAUUGUCUGCAUGUGGAAGUUCUGCAUUGACCUACACAUGCCAUCCUACUUAUUAAAGGAGCCACUUAGUGCUCCUACCCCCUGGGAAAGUGUGUGAAUGCUGAGAAAUCCAACUUUGCCACUAGGUGAAAGUGUUAGAAAGAACCUGGAGAAAAUGGAGCCCAAAUAAAUGAUUUAUUU